CGCCGGCCAGGCGGGAAGCCGGACCUUCCGCACCUGCGGCGCCCCGGGGCUCGGCGGGCCCGGCGCGGGCACCUGCGGCUGCGCCCUGCGCGUCCCCGGGCCAUGGCGCACGUGGAGGCGGCGGCUCCGAGGGCCCCCCGGGGCCUCCUGUGAGCGGGGGACCGGAGCGGGGACCCGGCGCGGGGCCGCGGGCACGAUGCCCGUCUUUCCGGAGGCGAGGGCGGCGGGGUGCGCGGUGGCCCUGGCCCUGGUGCUGCUGCUUCCCGCAGGGCCAGCGAGCGCCCUGCUCCGCCUGCAGCUCGGCCUGCCCCACGUGUGUGCCGAACAGGAGCUGACCUUGGUGGGCCGCCGCCAGCCCUGUGUGCAGGCUUUCAGCCGAACCGUGCCCGUGUGGAAGCCGGGCUGUGGGCGGCAGGCAUGGUGUGUCGGCCACGAGCGGAGAACCAUCUACUACACAGGCUACAGGCAAGUAUAUGCCAUGGAGGCCCAGACCGUGUUGAGGUGCUGCCCAGGGUGGAGCCAGCAGCCUGGAGACCAGGGCUGCCUCUCCCCCCAGUGCAGCGCUGGCCUCUGUUUUAACGGUGGCCACUGCGUGCCUGGCUCAGCCCAGCUAUGCUACUGUCCCCGAGGCUUCCAGGGUCCCCGAUGUCAGUACGAUGUAGAUGAGUGCCAAAUGCACAAUGGCGGCUGUCAGCACAGAUGUGUGAACACACCAGGCUCCUAUCUCUGCGAGUGCAAGCCCGGAUUCCGGCUCCAUGCGGACGGCAGGACCUGCUUGGCCAUAAACUCCUGUGCCUUGGGGAAUGGGGGCUGCCAGCACGAGUGUGUCCAGCUCACAGUGACCCAGCACCGCUGCCAGUGCCGCCCCGAGUUCCAGCUCCAGGAGGACGGAAAGCGCUGUGUCCGGAGAAACCCGUGUGCGGACCGGAAUGGCGGCUGCAUGCACACGUGCCAGGUGCGCCGCGGCCUUGCCCACUGUGAGUGCCACGCGGGCUUCUUCUUGGCGGCCGACCGCAGGUCCUGUGAAGAUGUGGACGAAUGCGCCACAGGCCAGGCCCAGUGUGCCCACGGCUGCCUCAAUACCCGGGGGUCCUUCACGUGCAUCUGCCACGCUGGCUACGAGCUGGGCGCUGACAGCCGGCAGUGCUACCGCAUCGAGAUGGAGAUUGUGAACAGCUGUGAGGCGAACAAUGGGGGUUGCUCGCAUGGCUGCAGCCACACAAGUGCGGGGCCCCUCUGCACCUGCCCCCGGGGCUAUGAGCUUGACGAGGACCAGAAGACGUGCAUCGACGUGGACGACUGUGCGGCCUCCCCGUGCUGCCAGCAGGCCUGCACCAACAGCCCUGGCGGGUAUGAGUGUGGCUGCUACGCUGGCUACCGGCUCAGCACCGACGGCUGCGGGUGUGAGGACGUGGACGAAUGCGCCUCUGGCCGCGGCGGCUGUGAGCACCACUGCACCAACCUGGCGGGCUCCUUCCAGUGCUCGUGUGAGGCCGGCUUCCGGCUGGACCAGGACCGCAGGGGCUGUGCCCCCCUGGAGAUCCCCGAGGUGGACCUGGAUGGCCAGCUGCCCUUUGUGCGGCCCCUCCCACAUGUCACGGUGCUCCAGGACGAACUGCCUCACCUCUUCCAAGACGACUAUGUCGGGGUCCAGGAGGAGGAGGCAGCGGCGGAGGCCCGGGGCGAGCACACGCUGAUGGAGAAGUUUGUCUGCCUGGAUGCCUCCUUUGGCCAGGACUGCAGCCUCACGUGUGACGACUGUCGGAAUGGGGCGACCUGCCUCCCGAGCCUGGAUGGCUGUGACUGCCCCGAGGGCUGGACCGGCCUCAUCUGCAACGAGGCUUGUCCUCCAGACACCUUCGGGAAGAACUGCAGCCUCUCCUGUGCCUGUCAGAAUGGCGGGACCUGUGACCCCGUGACGGGCGCCUGCCGCUGCCCUCCCGGUGUCGGUGGAGCCCGCUGUGAGGACGGCUGCCCCAAGGGCUUCUAUGGCAAGCAGUGUCACAAGAAGUGUCACUGUGCCAACCGUGGCCGGUGCCACCGCCUCUACGGGGCCUGCCUCUGUGACCCAGGGCUCUACGGCCGCUUCUGCCACCUGGCGUGUCCGCCGUGGGCCUUUGGGCCCAGCUGCUCAGAGGAGUGCCUGUGUGAGCGGCAGAACACGCUGACCUGUGACCGGAGGGAUGGUAGCUGUUCCUGCAAGGCCGGCUUCAGGGGCGAGCGGUGUCAGGAUGAGUGUAUGCCGGGCUUCUUUGGGCCCGGAUGCCGACAGGCGUGCACCUGCCCUCAGGGCGUGGCCUGUGACCCCGUAAGCGGCCAGUGUGGGGGGCUGUGUCCUGCUGGCUACCAGGGGAAGGACUGUGAUCAAGAUUGUCCCGAGGGUCGCUGGGGGAUCGGCUGCCAGGAGAUCUGCCCGGAGUGUGAGCAUGGCGCUGCGUGUGAGCCUGGGACCGGAGCCUGCCUGUGCCCCCCCGGUUACGUGGGCAGCCGCUGCCAGGACCCAUGCCCUGCAGGCUGGUUUGGGCCCGGCUGCCAGACGAGGUGCUCCUGUGCCAACGAUGGGCACUGCCACCCGGAGACCGGACAUUGCAGCUGUGCCCCUGGAUGGACCGGCCUCGGCUGCCAGAGGGCCUGUGAUGAUGGGCACUGGGGACCCGACUGCAGCCACCCCUGCACCUGCAGCCCAGGCCACGGGAGUUGCGACGCGGUCAGUGGCCUGUGUGUGUGUGAGGCCGGCUACACAGGCCUGCAGUGUGAACAGCGGUGUCCCCAGGGCCGCUUUGGGCCGGGCUGUGGACAGCAGUGCCAGUGUGAGCACGGGGCAGCCUGUGACCACGUCAGCGGGGCGUGCAGCUGCCCGGCCGGCUGGAGGGGAGCCUUCUGUGAACGCGCCUGCCCCGCCCCCACUUACGGACACAACUGCAGCCAGACCUGCUCCUGCUUCAAUGGGGCCUCCUGUGACCCCGUCCAUGGACAGUGCCGCUGCGGCCCUGGCUGGAUGGGCCCCACCUGCCUGGAGCCCUGUGCUGAGGGCACGUUUGGGGCACGCUGUGAGGAGCGCUGUGCCUGCCAACAGGGGGCCCCCUGCCACCACAUGACGGGGGCCUGCCUCUGCCCCCCGGGGUGGAGAGGCGCCCGGUGUGAGAACGCCUGCCCGCUUGGCUGGUUUGGAGAGGCCUGUGCCCAGCACUGCCUGUGCCCACCCGGCGCUGCCUGCCACCACGUCACCGGGGAGUGCCGCUGCCCACCAGGCUCCACGGGGCCUGGCUGUGAGCAGGAAUGCCCCCCCGGGCGGUUUGGGCCUGGCUGUGAGCAGCGGUGUGAGUGUGUCCAUGGGGACUCCUGCGACGCAGCCACCGGGGCUUGCCUCUGCCCUGCUGGGUUCCUGGGGGCCAACUGCAGCCUGCCCUGUCCACAAGGCCGCUUUGGCCCCAGCUGUGCCCACGUGUGCAGGUGUGGGCAGGGAGUAUCGUGUGACUCCGUGACUGGCACCUGCACCUGCCCCCCUGGGAGGACCGGCGUCCACUGUGAGCAUGGCUGCCCUCAGAACCGGUUUGGCGUGAGCUGUGAGCGCGUGUGCCCCUGCAGGAACGGGGGCCUGUGCCACGCGGCCAACGGUAGCUGCUUCUGCGGCCUGGGCUGGACGGGGCCGCACUGUGAGCUGGCCUGCCCUCCUGGUCACUAUGGUGCCGCCUGCCGUCUGCAGUGCUCUUGCCAAAACAACGGCACGUGUGAGCCCACCACGGGCGCCUGCCACUGCGGCCCCGGCUUCUACGGCCAGGCCUGCCAGCACUCCUGUCCCCCCGGCUUCCACGGGGCUGCCUGCCGGAAGGCGUGUGAGUGUCAGCACGGGGCUCCCUGCCACCCCGUCAGCGGCCAGUGUGUCUGCCCUGCCGGCUUCUCCGGCCAGCUCUGUGAGAGGGGGUGUGAACCAGGCUCUUUUGGAGAGGGCUGCCGCCAGCGCUGUGACUGCCGGGCGGGGGCACCCUGCGACCCCGUCACCGGCCAGUGCCUGUGUCCCCCGGGGCGCACAGGGGCCACCUGUGACCUCGACUGCACAGUGGGCUUCUUUGGGCCGGGCUGUGCCCUGCGCUGCGGCUGUGGGGCUGGGGCUACCUGUGACCCCGUCAGUGGGCUGUGCCACUGUGUGAACGGCUCUCUGGGGCCCACCUGCCAGCAAGCGGCCUCACGACCAGCUUCUCAUGAACCAGCACUUGGGCUCGGCAGCCGGGCAGAGAAACCCUAGCUCCGAGGCAGCUGCAAGCAGGCCCGUCUUCCAGGCGCUUUGCUGACGACUGAGGAGGGGCGCCUGGGGGCUGGCCAGAACUCCAGCCCAGACCGCCCGGCCCUGCAGCCUUGUGCUGGGCAAGGAGCGGCUGGCCACGGGGAGGGAGGCCCUGCCUGGCCUAGCUCCAAGGGGCCCAGGCGAGUGGGCCCGGCCUCGGGCUGUGCAGCACACCGCUGCGCUGGCCGCACGUGCUGAGGAAGCCCUCCCCCCGCCCCCCAGCCGCCCCCUCCGGGGCCCUGGGUCAGGACUGAGGGCAGGUGUGGCUGCAGGUGCAGGCAGGGGCCCCUGCCCUCUGAGCAGGUUCUUCUGGUGCUAGGCCCUGGGACUGCUGCGCUCAGCCCGUUGACCUGGAAUCGUGGCCCACUGUAUUUAUAGAGAAGUAUUUAUGGGCAGCUGGCCACGCCCACUGUGCCCCUGGGCACGGACAGGCUGCCCCUUCCUGCCUGCCCCAGGAAACCCUGCUGCGGGACUUUGGGGCUCCCCCCCCGCGGGGCCUCUGGGCGGUGGGCUCCAGUACAUGUGAAACCCAGAAACUUAAGAAAGAAGCUGCCGCUUCCUUGUGGCCUGUGUGUUCGCUG